AAUAGCAACAAUAGUGAUGAAAAUUUCAGGAACAAUUGGCUAAUAAGCUUUUUCUUUUGUUUUCUCAUGUUCUCGUGUACUGGCCAUGCUACUGGCAGUAACAGUUCACUUUUCAGAAAUGCCACGUCGUCCGAGGACCUCCACAACCGCCUGGCGGGUUUAAAAAUGGAGGUGACUUCGCGCACCUCGGAAAUCUCCACUCAGAAUCAGUCGGUUGUCGUGAAGACAACGACGGUGAUAUCGCAGCAGGCGUCGACUAAUGGUAUCACCACCAACGGCGAUGUCGAGACGCAAAAUUUGCAGCAAAACGCAUCCGAAAAUGUCAACAGCACCACAUUAGAGAGAGAGAUUCGCAGUGGCACUGAAACAACAACGACACUUGCCACCAUCACGUUACCCCCCAACGUCGAGAUUAGCGUUGCAGAUUUAGCAAAUUUAGAAGUGACAACUACAACGGUCACCACUGAAAAAUCAAAGGCUCCAUUAGCCAGACCUGAAGAGGUUGGAUCAUAAAAAAAUUAUUUAUAAGCCAAUCAUUAAUGAAGACAAUUUAUCAAUAGCCCUAGUUAAGAAAA